AUGUGUACAUGCACCUGCGGCGAUUCGAACCGUCCAGGGACUAUUCCUAUCUUGCCUAAGGAAUCUUCGCGAAGCUCCCAGCCUAGAUCAGAGGGCCAAGCAAAGCGCAGCCUUCCCAGCCCUCUCAAUCUCAGGCCAAAAGCUCAGCAGCCCCAACCCCCCAGCAUGGAAGACGAGCCCAAGCGCUUUCAGAUGGCAUAUGACAUGGGCACAGUGCGGAGAUAUUACCACCAGGUUCACAAGAAGGAAAGCGAAACUCCUCCGGCAGUUAGAGAGGACGAAGAGUGCGACCUUAAAGUAAUCUAUGAGAUCCUCAGUAAGGAGGGCUACAAGAACCAGGCGAAGCUUCGAACGACGAUCUGGUGA